AUUUGGUGGCCAAACGGAAAACUAACGACUUUCUAACCUAACCUAACCUAAAAACACUAUAAAAAUAUAAAUAAUAAAUAAAUAAAUAAAUGUGUAUGUAUAUAAAAUGAACAAACACGAAAGACAAGAAGCAUACAGUUAAUUAUUAUUAGAAGCGUAAAUAAAGUUUGUUUAUUAACUUUACUUAACACUACAUUCUGAGUUAUUUAUAAAAACAAGAUUUACAGUUUUUUUUUCUUGUAUAUUUUAAUUAAAAAGUGAAUAUAUAAAAGAAAUUGGAAUACAAUAAGAAUAGGUAAUCAACAGAAGUAGGAAAAAUGGAAGAAACAGAGGAGUACGUUGUCGAAUAUUACGAAACUAUGGAAAGUGAAUCGAAUACCAAUCAAAAUGAUAGUACGACAACAAAUAUUAGAGUUCCGCCUCCAGAAAAUUCGAAACAUGAGAAGCAAUCACAAAUUUAUUCUUGCUUUGUAAAACAGGAGCCGGCGUCAAUAGAAGAAACUGCAAAUUUACGAUCUAAUUAUGAAAAUGAUGAGGAGAAUAAUAUUUCAAGUUGUUCUAUUCAAGAGAAUACAAUUUCAGAUUCAAUAAAUUCGAGUUCAAUUCUAAAUGAUACUGAAACAAUUGUACCCGAUUUGGAAAAUUCAGAACCAAAAAAACGUGGUAGACCAAAGAAAAAGCCAUUAUCAAUAUUGACACCCAUGGAAAUAUCAAAUAUUCACGAUGAAAAAACAAAAGGCGAGGUUGUGGAAAAUAAUAGUGAACAAUUGUACGCGGGACUUCUUGGUAGAACGAGAAGAACGACACGUCAGAUUCGAGAGUGGAACGAAGGGAGUGAUUUGGAGGAUGAUGAUGAUGAUUAUUCAGAAAGAAAGGGAAGACCGUAUGGGAGUGUGAAGAAUAGAGGAAGAGGAAGAGGUAGAGUGAGAAAUAGAGGAACACGACCGACAAGAGGAAGACGUAGUCGUGAAGAUGAAAAUGCCGAAGUUACUGUAACUUUCGAGGAAGGUGUUCUUGAUCAAUCGACAGAAGAGGAAAUUGUUCCUGUAUCUGCAGAACCCGCUAAAAAUAUGCGAAAUAUCAAAUGCGGUAAAUGUCAAGAAGAGCUCGUGAAAAGAGAUUGGAAUCGACAUAAUUUGAUGAAGCACAAUGAUACCGGAUGGAUUGACGGUAACAAACCAGUGGAUGAUUCUGACGAAAAAUUGCUAAAGAAAUUAUUAUCACUGGCAAUAAAGAAACGAAAGGGGCAACUGACAUGUGAACAAUGUGGAAUUCAAAAGCGAAGUGCAGUUGGAUUUUUGUCACACAUUCGAUUUUGUGGUAAAUCAGAUUCUGAAAGAUUACAGUUGAUGAUUCAAUGUCCCAGAUGUAAUUCAAAAAUAAAACCAACUUCGAUGUAUACUCAUGAAAAAAAUUGCCAAAAAGAAAAAUUAAAUUUGAGUUACGAUUAUCAAAACGAACUGGAGGAAAAUUUGGAAUGUACCACAAGUCAAGGAAGGUCUAAACGAAAAGCCGCACAAAAAGCGGUGACAAAAAUUUCUGAAUUUACAAGCGAGAUUAUUCCGCACAGCGAAAAAAUUACACCUACUACAAUCUAUAAUUUCAUUAAGAGGCCUCUAUUAAAGAGAAAAAUUGGACGCACCUUGAGAAAUGCUUUUCAGAAAGAAUUGGAAGAAACGGGAAUAGCAAGAUGUCGACAACAAUGUAAUUAUUAUGGAGUAACUUUGGAAAUAAUAUGCGAUCAUUACACAAAAUGUAACUUCCAACCGCAAGAAAAUUAUGUUUGUAAAGUAUGCAAUAUGCACUCGAAAAUUCAGAAGGAAAUAAAGGAUCACAUAAUAGAUAAACAUUCAGUGUUUGAUAAUAUUGACUUGGAUCCGGAUCAUGACUUAAAAAAUGAGGACACUACAGAGUCGAGUGAAGAUGAAAAUGAAAAUGCCAAGGUAAAAUCUUCUAAUCUUCGAUUUCUUCCCGACAAGCCCGAAGAAAAAUUACGUGCUUUUCGAGCUGUCUUUUUAGAUAGGGAAUUAGUGCAAAAUCCGAAAAGUAAUGUUCCCUAUACUGCCGCUUAUCGAUGGACUCUUGAAUUUGAAAUGAAUAAUUAUCAAUUGAAUUUAUUUGAAGAUUUACUGCCAAAUGAAUUCAAACUUUUGAGUAAUGAAGAAGCAGAUGAUUUUUUACCAGAGUUGAAACGUUCGAUGGCAGUUAAAAGUGUAAUUGACACAGGGAAUGAGUGGAAUUAUUGGCAGAGAUUCGAGGGAAAAGUUGAAGACGAUGUCCCAAUGUUUUUUGUCGGCGGUCCAGUUUGGGCAAUGGCCUGGUUGCCAAUACCCUUUAAAUUCUACUCUCAACAAUCAAAUCAGUAUUUAGCAAUCAGCACGCAUCCAAAGAUGGAAAGUGAAUAUUUAAUGGGCCAAGCGUACGGGGGGAAAAAUGUUAUACAAAUUUGGAAUUUGGGAAAUUUGCAACAAAACAAUAAUGAAUUCUCGAAUCCGGAAUUGUGCUACGCAAUAGCUCACAAUGGUGGGACAAUUUGGUGCAUGGAAUGUUGCCCCUCUGGAUGUUAUCAAAAUCCUGAUUCUGAGGACGCUCUUGAAAAAAUGAAAAGAUUGGGGCUAUUGGCCGCUGCUUGUUCCGAUGGAUUUGUAUAUAUUUAUUCGCUACCAUUCCCCGAACAAUUAGAAGGAAUGAAGAGUAAAAAAAUUGAAUUACCAAUUUAUAAAGUGAAUCCUGUACAAUUAUUAGUUGUAAAUAUUUCAUUAAAUGAAGAAGAAAAGCCAACGUGGCAAUGCACUAAAUUGAGUUGGACGAAGGAGAAGGGACACAACGUAUUAGCUGCUGGAUUUUCGAAUGGUUACAUUGCCCUCUGGAAUCUUACGACACAAUCUCCAUUUUUAAAAAAGAAACAAGGAAAUAUAACAAUUCUCAAUUCGUUUCGCCAUUUCUACGCUCAUCAUCACGCUGUCUCAAUGAUAUCGAUGAUUCCCUAUGGAGGAAAGAGAUUUUUAGCAUCUGCUGGAAUCGAUAGAUAUUAUAAAGUUUGGGAUUUAGAACAAAUAAAUUGUUUGGAUUGUAUGACAACAAAAGGAUUCACAGUCGAUGGUUCCUGGCUAAACAAUUGGCCGUGCUCUAUCCUUGGCUAUGACGAUGCUUUGAGUUUAAGUCACACGAAUUCGCAACUUAUUCCACUGAGGGAGCAUUCAUAUAAAUAUUUUCCAGUUCUUGCCACCAAUUCUCCAACAUACGGAAUUGGUGUCAGUGAUCUUGCGAAUGCAAUCGCUCAAGGAAGUUUAGCGGGCGAAAUUGUCGCAAUAUUUCCCAAUCAAAUUUUAUACAAGGAUAUUGAAAAUUAUCUAAACAAAAAACGAUGGUUGUGUUCAUAUGUUGAAGUAACGGAUUUUCAAUCCACUGAAAAUCCAGUAGUGGAGGAUCAAAAUAAAAAAGACAAGAAAGAAUAUCAUUAUAAACCAUCAAGUUACAAUGAGUGUUCUGAGCGUUUUGGAAUUUCCUUCUCUGAUAAUUUUAAAUCUUUCAGAACAUGUAAAGCGAGAAAAUUGACGUACAAAGUUAUGCCUUCAGAUCAAAUGGAAAACGUUGCAAUUGAACAAUAUCCAUUUGCCUCGAUUAAUCGCAUUUCAUGGAGUCCAAAUGCGUGGAGUUAUCUUUGGUUAGCGGCUGGUUAUCAAAAUGGAUUUGUUCGAAUUUUGAAUUUUAAUAGUGUGACAAAAACUGAUCCUAUUGAAAAAAUAUUGCCACGUUUUGUUGAGAAACUUUUGCAAUCUGAAAGAAUAAAUAGGGAUAAUAAUAAUUCGAGAGAUGUUGACGAAAAUUGUCAGGAGCAAGAGGAAACAAAUAAUUGUCAAGAAGAGAACGAGAAUGAUAAUUGCCAAGAAUGAAUCAAAAAUAAAUAAUAAUUGUCAGUGACAAAAUCGAGAGAAUUUUCUUUAGCUAUUUUUAUCAAAUAAAUUUAUAUUGUACGAUUAAUAAUUUUUUCGAUUAAAAAUCAUUUUUAAUUUUACUACAUA